AUGGCCUCCUCGCUCUACGGGCCGAAACCGGGCUGCACGUUCUGCGGCAUCGUCCAGCAGGGCCAGCGCAGGGACUCUGCGCUCGACGAGCCGUUCAGCGCGUCGAACAGCAACUCGCAGUACGAGAUCCUGCACAAGGACACCGACUUUACCUGCUGGCGCGAGAAGAACAACCCGGUGUCUUCAAAGGCGCACGUCAUACUGGCCUUCAACCUGCAUGUGCCGUCGCUGUACACCCUCUCGUCGAGCGAUCUGCCGCUGCUGGCCCGGCUGCGGGAGCUGGCCAAUAGGCUGCUGACCUCCUUCCAGCCCUCGUCCUCGCCCAUGCUCUCCCCAAAUCCCGCCCAGCCCGCCCACUCGCCCAGGCCAAACAGCUUCUGCAUCGGCUUCAUCGCGCCCCCCUUUUACGACUCGAAGAUCCCGGUCAAGGACCACCUGCACGCGCACGCCUACAUCCUCCCCGCAGACAAGCUCGGCUGGCUCCGCGCUCUCGCUUACUCGGGCCUCGCCUGGUACGACAUCGACGACCUCAUCGCAGAGAUCCGCGAAUCCGUAUCCAACAACCGCGUCCGCUCCGGCGGCUCCGGCAAACACGCCUCCAAACCCCGCGCGAUCGACCGCGUGCCCGAUGCUGGUGCACGCGCCGGCAACGCCGACGGCCUGGAGACAACAGACCCCUCACUCGCGACCGAAAGCCCUCGAGCGUCGGACGCCGAGUCUGGGCUCAUGCGGCCCAGUACAGAUUCGACGCUCACCGCCGGCUCCUCUCGCACCUCCACACCCCGCAGUCCCGUUGGCGCCACCAGCCCACCUGGGAGCCCGUUCGGCCGUCCGGGACCCAGUAGACAAAACUCUGGCUACAGUCGCGCGGCGAACGGCAGCACGCCGACCCUCACCGCCAGCGGCGACAUCCCACAUCUACAAGUGUAG